AUUAAAACUGGCCUUCCUUGCAUAGCAACAGCCACACCUUGCCACUCAUCUCACCAUGAAGGCAGCAAUUUUUCUCGUCCUGAUCCUUGUCGCGGUCGCCUCUGGGCGUGAGACCGGACUUCGUCAUUUUAAGGGGUACAAAGUCUUCACUACGUUGGCGACUACAAAAGAGCAAUUAGACGCCUUGAGGGUGCUUUAUCUUGGCAGCGACUAUGAUUUUUGGACAUCACCAAACGGACUGGGAGCCACCGACAUAAUGGCGGCGCCAGAACAAAUCCCAGAACUGCUUAAGAUGUUUGGCGAGCACGGAAUGGAGUACACUGUUAAAUUUGAGGACGUUGAAACGUUGGUGGAAGCAGAACGAGUCGCAAAUGCAAAAGCGUCCACUGGAAGGAUCGACUGGACGUCGUAUCAAACCUAUGACAGUAUUGUAGAAUUUCUGACCACCAUAAACUCUAAUAUCGCCGCGGUUUCCGUUAUUGGACAAACAACUGAGGGACGUGACAUCCAUGUCGUCAAGUUCUCAAAUGGCGGGCCGCCCAAAAAGUCUAUAUUAUUUGAUUCGAACAUACAUGCCCGAGAGUGGAUCGCAGGCGCAACGGGGACCUGGGUGAUUAACGAGAUAUUGACUAACGCUGACUCGUACACUGCCAUCUUACAAGAAGUCGACAUCUACGUCAUACCGAUGAUCAACGCUGAUGGAUACGAAUAUUCGCGGACAAAUGAUCGCAUGUGGAGGAAAACACGAAGCGUUAAUGCAGGAAGUUCCUGCAUGGGAUGUGACCCUAAUCGAAAUUUCGACUUCCAAUGGGCCGGAGAAUCCACAUCAUCCGAUCCAUGCUCUGACAUUUAUUAUGGGUCGGCACCCUUCUCGGAGCCCGAGACGCAAGCCAUUGAUCGAUUCGUAAGGGAGGCAGAGGCAGCUGGAGUGCAGUUCUACGCGUACAUCACGAUGCAUUCAUAUGCUAACUUGUGGCUUAUUCCAUGGGGUUACACAGCAGGUGCUUAUCCUCCAGAUUUCCCAGCCCUGUUGAGUUUGGGACAAGCCGCUGUAGCUGCGUUGCAAGCUGUGUCUGGAACCGUAUAUCAAGCUGGGCAAGGAGCUGAUAUUCUUUAUGGUGCUGGUGGUACGAGCUACGACUGGGCAAAGAAUCAUGGUAUCAAGUAUACAGCCACCAUCGAGAUGAGAGGAAAUUCUUUUGUUCUUCCACCAGAACAAAUUAUACCAAAUGCACUCGAAGUUUGGGCUGCGCUUCAGGUAGUUAUUCAACGCGUUAUCGAAACGGUCCCGGUAGAAGAAGACCCAACUCCUGUAGAAACCGUGACCUCAUGCGGUGGAGAAAUCGAGGCCAGCUCGGCAGCAAUUAACUUUCAACUCGAUGCUGACAUCCCAGCCGGACAAAGUUGUAUCUGGAUUGUCAAGCCUACCUUUGAUAACACUCGGGCGAGACUUGUAUCUUCUGGUCUUAUCGGCGGAUCAGGCAUUUACUUUACCGAAUUUAAUGCAUAUGCUGGUACACCUGGGCAACAUGUCCAAAUUGCUAACGUCGGGGAAGAUUACACCUUCAAUGGAAAUUUUUUCCUCGUCACCCUCACCGUUGCGGUUGGGGCGAACACAGGAUUUAGUUUGGAAUGGUAUUCUAGUGGUCUGGCAGGUGGCGCUCCAUCCUUCUCCGGUUUUGCCGCUCUCUCCACACCUACUGGUUCUUACAGCUACCCAGUCGGAGGCGGUCAGUACGCUAAUUCCGAAAAUGCUUUAUUCAUUGUCAAUCCUGAAGUUGCUGGAACUCGAACAUUGGCCUUCACUAGGCUGGAUGUUGAAAAUGAUGCUACAUGCUCAUACGACGCUGUUUCGGUUCUUACCUGGCAAAACAACGAAUACACGCAGCUUGCUAAGUUCUGUGGAACUAGUCUCCCAACUCCGUUCAAUCUUCCGACAGGUCUGGCCUUGGUGACGUUUAGAAGUGAUAGCAGUGUUACAGGGACUGGCUUUACCUUCACCUGGGCUUAAAUCAUAGGCAGUUGUGGAACACGGAGCACUUCACUAUUUGAACUAAUCUUACAAGAUAUUGUGAAUAUUAUUCAAUAAAAUUGAGCAAUUUAAUUAA